AGGCGGGGCUGGCUGUUGUGAUGUAAACUGUCAGCUGUUGCAAGUAUUCUAGCGAUUAAGCAAUGAGAGGAGCCGGCAGAGCUUGCUCUGUAUACAGUACUGUACCUACCUCAGGCUGGGCUUCUGUGUUCUGACUUGGAUCUACUGCAGAGGAAGGGCUAUUCUCGACCAAGUCAUAUAGAAGCCUGAUGUUUACAUAUUGCUCUGCCGGCCUCUGCUGACCCCCUCCAGGCCUCGCCACUUGUUUACAGCCCUAUCUUCCGCAAUCAGAAGUUCCAGCAAUCCCCAAAGGACUCUCCAAUCAUGUUCCAGCGUUUAACCCGACUCUUUUUCAGCGAUGUACCUUCAAGCAAUACCAAUGAGCCUAAGCCUAUCAUCUCUGAGGAAGAGGAUGAUGGCUGGCUCAUCAUUGAUAUACCAGAGAGCUAUGACUUAAGCGGGAACGAUGUGGCACAGGAGCAGGAGGAUGAUACCACCCCCAGCCCGCUGCCCCACUCCCUGGCUGAGAGGAUUGGCUGGUCCAUCCCACCCCACCCUCCCCAGUCUAUGGACGAGAGUUGGUUCGUUACCCCUCCCCCCUGUUUCACUGCAGAAGCACCUGGGCAAAACGAGUUGGGGACCAGUCCUCUUGAAGACCUUCUUAUUGAGCACCCCAGCAUGUCUGUCUAUAUCACCAAUGGAAGCAUUGUGGUGGAAGAGGACACCCGAGAAUCACCCAGAGACAGGUCCCCAUCUAAAACAAGAGUGGAACGCCGCACCCCUCACCACACCACCUCCAUCUCUGCCAAAGCUGCCAUUCUGGGUAAGGUAGGCCAGGCCUCCCGGAUCCAACGUGCCAAGGCUCUUGUGGACAGACGCAACACGAGCCGAAAGAGCUUGAAGCGACAGAACCUGGCACGGGAGAUUCAAGGACGCUCUAUGACACGGCACCACAGCUUCAUGUGCCAACCCAGACAGCGCCAGUGCAACCACUGAUCCCUCCCAUCUGCUGUUUACAUAAAUGUGGGCAUUAUCUCUACCUAAAUUCUUCCUCUCGUGUCUAUUGGGUUAACAUCAACCUCCCUGGCUUCUACUACCCCAUCUUUCAAGAUCAAAGAAAAUUCAUCCCCCCCUCCAGUUCUUUGGUAAUAAGGACUCCCCAGUACAGAAGAAAUGCUGAAAGUCCCUUGAGAUCCUGGCAAAGGUGCAGAGGACUUAACCACUUAAUUGGUAAAGACCUCUGAGCCCUUAGAAAAGAAGAAGUCAUCUAUUCCCCCCCGGAACUUGUGUAGCUUCCAGACUGCCUUUGAAGCCAGCAUUGUACAGUACCUUGUAGCCUGCCCAUCUAAAUAUCAAUCACCCUCUCUUUCCGGUUCUACGUACUCAUUGUCAACUGAGGGUCAGAGCUAGGACAGUGUUGGCUUUUUUUUUUAAUACACUUGUUUUUAAAAUGGGUCUAGUUGUGCAUUGUGGGAAACCAUACAUGCAAAGUGAGCUUUAUUUUAAUUACCAGGAAAAAGGUGCUAUGUACAUUUUAACAGCUUCCCACUGAACAAAACAGUGGCCAUUUCCCCCAAAAUUUCUUUUUUUUUUUUUCUUUAUCUUUUCUUUAAAUUCCAGUUACCAGCAAGAUAUAAUGGGUAAACAAAAUGGCCACACUCAUGCCAACCAUGUUUGUGGUUCAAAAACCACUGUAGAACCUGUUUCUUACAGACCUUUUUAACUUAGAGGGGCUUGCAAUGCUCCUUAUUAGUGGAACAGGGGACGCAAGUUGAAGAAGGCAGGCGGAAGUAGGAUAAAGGGUUAGCCAGGAGGGAAUGGAAUUCUGGGAAGAGAGGUAUAACUUAGGGUGUGGGGUUUUAAAUCAGUGAUGUAAUAAGGAAUCGGAGUAACAUGACUGGCAGGGUUGCUGUAAACAUUUUGACAUUGAUUUUAAAGGACAAGGAAAUCAGAUUUUGCUACCACCACAGCAGCCAUCCUGAUCUAAAUCCUUAACUUUAUUUUGGCCAUUCCGCCAUCUUUUCUGCACUUGUGCAGUGGUAUGUGCUGUACCUUUUAUACCGAAUAUUAAAUGGAAGGUACAUCCUGGUUAUGAA